CAUUGGUUAUCUAUCUAGUCAGGAUCUCUAUCGAUCUCAAUAGGCAUAGAGACCAAAAUUGAAUUAUUCCACCAAGCUACAGCUUACAGCUUGAGCAACAUGAAUCCUUUUGGCCUCCCGAUCACUGAGGAGACACUGAAGGCCAUGGCGCGUUAUGCGGACCGGGACAUCACGCAGGUGGACUGCGCGCGGGAAGCCAUGCGGCUGAUCCAUGCCGAGGACAAGAACCUGAGCGCGCUGCAGCACGCGCUGGACCUCAAGAGCUCCUACGGGGACGGUGUGUCCACCAUGGUUCUUGUCUACAACGCCACUGGCAACACAGUGGAGCUCGUUGAUGAGCAGAAGAUGGACUGGUCGGGGUACGUCUACCACGAGCAGCCUCCAACCACCUUCCAGAAUGGGCAGUGGGUGGCGUUCCUCCAUGUCCACCCAAAAGGUCAGUCCAUCGGAUGCGAGGCUGCUCGCGUCUUCCGCUCCCAGAACGUCAAUGGGGAUGUCAGGGACUUCAUGGUCGCCUGGUCUCUCCCGUGGAGUGCCACACCGAACUCUGCUUACGCUGAGAUCCGUGAGAAAGAUCACUUCCCACCAUAUUGGGGUUACAUCAAAGGGCUACUGGAAGAGGCAGGAAGAAUGUCGGGGGAUGAAGACGAGUACAUGGAAUCAACUGCCAGUGUUGGCGGCUACACAACCUCUGAAUUCGUCGUUGUUCUGAAGCACAAGUUUGCCCCCCUGCCAGACGAGAACUGAGCAACGCGAGGAAAAUGAUUGUAAUGUGGUCGCGCUUAUUAAUUUCUUGUCGCAUGCGCAGUUUUAUAUCAGUUGUCGCACUAUCCAAUAAUCAUGUAUCGGCUACGUUUAUCGCAGUUUUAUUUCUGAAUUAUCGAUGUAAGUGCAAAAUUUAUGCAAUAAAAGUGGCAGCUUUAUUAUAUA